CCCUCGUGGAUGCAUUCUCUGACUCAGCAGAAGUCGCUGGAAAACAUUGUUUGCUCACAGAUAAAAGCUGCAGCGCACCAGCAGAGUGGCAGCGCACCUGUGCAACUGGAGUGAAAAGGAGAGAGCACAUCCUUUGCACAACCAGCUCGUGGCAGCUGGUCCAGCCCAAGCCCUUGAGCAACAGCUGAGCCUGCAGCAUCCUUAGGGGUGCUGUGCUGUUGUCACAGAUUCCUCCUACAGGUCCCUUGUGCCAAAUCCUGAGAAAAAAAGACAUCCAACCCUGGGAAAACAGAAGGCGGCCAAAAGCAAGAGCAUCCAGAGCAACCUGCCAGGGGGUUGUUUAUCGCAUGGGCAAAGCAGGCUCUGGCUCUCGGGUGAGGGGGCAUUCCUGCACGCCCGGCUGCAGAAGGCAGCAUGCUGUGCCCGGCCAGCCGGCAGCUGGCACCAGUGUCACCCAGUGCUCUGAAGCUCCCAGGAGACACUGUGUUGUUCAGGGAAUGAUCUCAGGAAGGAUGACCAACCUGGGCAGCAGAACACCUGCAGGGUGGAGGGAAGGGAAGAGUCUUCCCCUCGUGAGGUCAAGCCCAGGCUUGAUGGAGCAGGGUGAAUGGACGGGCUGCGGUGCAAAGCCAGAUGAUUUCCUCUGCUGGACAGGGCCAAAUCCUGAGGUCAGUGGUUAAGCGACGCACACUUUGGCGUUUCAUGCAUUCAGUCCUGGAGCUCUGUGUGUGAAAUGGAGCUAAGGGACGGGGAAAAAGGUAGUAAAAAUUCUCUGUGGUGCCAGUGCCAGCAGAAACCCUUCUGCUCACCACGCUCAGAGACUGGCGUGCCUUUCUCCUGUGGCUGUGGCGAGUACCUCCCCAGUUCCACCUGGAGAACAUCCAGCUUCCGCAUCAGGAAGGUGUUUCUGGCUGGAAGGGAUACACGCUCGAGUUGGCAUUGAUUUCAGGUCUCUUCGUGGCUACCCCUGCAGUACCUGGGCACGCUUUGCCAUACACGGCAUGCAUUUUGCACAGUAGAGCCUUUCAUAAGUGUGGAGUUACAGACUUUCUGAAUGAACAAGUGUAUAUAUAGAGUAAAGCUUUCCUAUAUGGUCUGACUUCCUACAGCCUAGCAGAUAGAGUAGUGCCACACUUCAGGUAGGGAUGAAGACAGCGGCUAAUUAAAGUUCAGAAGCCGAGCCAUUUGGUUUGUUUUGAGAUCUUGUACUCCUCAAAUUAUUGUAGAUGUGAGCCAGGUCUGGCUUUAGAUGAGCAGAUGGGCUUAAUGCCUCCCUGGCUGGAGAGAGGCAGGUUAAGGGGACAAGGCUUUCCGAAAACAGGACUUUGCUGUGGCAGGGGCUCUCACAUCCGUGGCUAUGGGGAGCCCCGGGAGGUGUCUGAGAGCAGAGCAGGCUCCUUCGCAUGUAAGGGAUGGCAGAGCUGCGAAAGCACACCCGUCCAGAAUAGCGGGGAGCAUCUGGGGGAGGACACAGUUCAUCUGGCAGAAUUCGUUUUGGGGGAUUAUCAAUAAACUGCCAGCCCUUUAGUGCAGAAAACGAGUUAUCUCUUCCAGAUGUGCUGAGGGGAAACUCCAACCUGUGAGAGGAAGAAAAAAGCCACUGUCCAGCUAUUGAAAAAAAAGCUUCACCUCAAUUUAAACCCCGGCUGCUGCUGUUAAGCCCCUGCUAUGGGAUUAGCUGUGGUCCCCAGAGCGUUCUGGGGUGGACCUAGGCAUGUCCUUGGUGGUAUCUGGAAGGAGUCCCCUGCCCUCCUGGGGUCACCAGGCCGAGCUGCCCCCUUGCAGAAAAUGAGGCCGUUGGGGACCGUUGGAAAACUCGAAAUUUGGGUGAAAAAGGCAAUAUCUCCAAAUAAGGUGGGAAUGAAGAGUCCCGUCGGCCCGGGCUGCUCUGCCCGGCUCUCCAGCGAGCGUGCAGGGACCUCUUGUGGCAGCUCUGCCCGAGAGCUCCUGUCCCCGCUCUUCUGUGCGGCUUCUUCUGGGACAAGCCUGGCCUCCGAGCCCAGCCUGUGCUAUGUGGCUGACUAUCUGACCUGAUCUGGUGUCAAGGGACCCGCUUGUAACGGGGCUUGGAAGUCUCCAUCUCCGAACCUGUGCCCGGUUAACGGCGUUGCCGCAGAGGAAGGGAGAAAAGGCUGGAAACAGGGCUGGUGAGAAACCGCUGCCCAACGGCAAGUCCUGGCAAAAGUACAUAAAAACUGGGCUAAAAUUACCUAAAAAGUAGUAUUUAUGCAGCUGGUGCUGUAGCAGUGGGAUCAAAGCCCCUGAACAAGAGGCUCAAUUAAUCGUGGCUUAAAUUCCUCCCAUGCAGAAGUGGUAGGUAAAAGCUCUCCAGCAUCCAGAAGCAUUUUAACUAUUCCUGUCCGCGACCCGAGCCUGGCCAAACGUUCGUGUUUAGCUGAGUAACACGGUGGGUGGGGGACCCCCUGGGACAAACGGGGCCGGGCCCGCAGGCGUUCCACGGUCCGGGACUUCUCCCGCAGGCGGGCGAGGGCAGGGUUGUCACCGCGGCAAGGGUUAGUCGAGAUUUCUGAGGCUAAACCACUGUAGACGACUUCUCAAUAGGGAUCUUCUCUCUGCAAUUUUAUACUGCAAUUAAUUGUUAAAUUAUUUUCCUCCUCAGUGCCCUGAGCAGCCUGGCAUGUCUCCAAGGCGUCUCCCUUUCCUUGUCAUAUCUUAUGCUAAGCAGAAAUGUCUUUGUAUUUGGCCUUCUCAGUAACAGAUUAGCCGAUGUGAUCCUUCAAGUCUUAAUACGUAAGAUUACGUAUAAUCCCUCAAGCAGUCAGGCCUGUGGAUCACCUCAGGCAGCACCUCCCUGCCACUAAACCACUAUGAAAUUACAUCGCCAUGUCCAGCUUUUAAGCAAAUUUCUGCAGGCUGAAGAGACUUUUCUAUCGGUUGGGAGUGUCUCGCCCCUCUCCUUCUGAUCUGAUUUAAUCGCUGCCCUCCUCAGUGUCCUCUCCAUGAGCGUAUUCCUUGUUGAUGUUUCGGUGUCCGUCACCCCAACCAGGGCAGCGGCUGAGAGCUCGGGCUUCACACGCUCCUGCUUCGGCAAAGAGAAAGUAGAAGAUUUAGUCCAGAGUGAAAACCUCACGGGAGAGGCAGGGUCUGAUGUCAAUCGGUGCGUGCACGGUGAUUCAUCCCGGCUGCAGAAGAGAAGCAAAAUCUGUGCGGCGGCCGCGCUUCUGGUGGAGACUUCGAAAAGCAAGACGGGAACGAUCAAAUUACGGGCAGCUGGAAAAGCAGCGUAGUUGUGGGCUGGAACUAAAAGUAGUUGUGGGCUGGAACUAGAGAAAUGGUGGGUACGGGAUCCUGGAUUCCCACAAAGCCCGGACAGCAGAGCUGGGCUAUCCCAGACCCCGGGGAACUCCUCUGGGGACGGGACGGGGGAUGGCGGGCAGGGGAGCUGCGGGCAGAGCGGGUUGUUUGGCGGGGCAGUGGGACCCUCCUGCUCGCCUGCGGUGCGCUGGGACCCGGCGGAGCGUGUGCCCGGGAGGGACGGCUCUCCAGCACGGCGCGACCGUGCGGCAGCUUCCCUGCUCCCAGGUGGGGCGAAGGCCCGCCGGCCGCAGCACUUCACGGAGCUCUUCAGCCAGCCGGUGCCACCGGGGCGGACGAGGAGCCGCAGGGGGACGGGGAGGCGUCCCCAGCCCGGCGGCGGGACACCCGCGCCACGCUUGCAGCCGGCUUUUGGGCCGGCCGUCGGUUGUGCCGCGCUCCCGGGAAGGCGGGCGCGCACCCCGGGGUGCCCGUUGCCGUUCCCCCCUCCCCUGGGUGCCGGGCUCGGGGGGAAGCCCUGCCCAGCGUGUCUGCCGCCCGGCGGGGGUGGGGCGACCCCCGCAGCCCACCCGGCCCUUCCCUGCGGGGCCGGUGCUCGCUGGCUCCCCGCCCCGGGGCCGCGCAUCCCGGCCGGGGCGGUGCCGGUGCCCGGGGCGGUGCCGGUGCCCGGGGUGGAGCCGGGCGGUGCCGGUGCCCGGGCGGUGGCGGUGUCCGGGGCGGUCCCGGGGCGGUGGCCCCGGCGCUGGGCGAGGCGGAGCCGUCGGGCGGCGCGGCCGGCGCCCAUGGGAGCCCGGGGGAAGGCGCGGGCCGGUGGAUGCCCAUGGCUUUCAGCCCGGGGCUGCUGCUGGUGGCCGGUUCCUUCGCCGCCUUCCGCCUGCUGAACCGGGGGCUGGAGCGGCUGGUGCCGCCGCCGCCCUCGGCCCGGCGCAACCGCUGGAAGUGGCGCAACAUCUGGACGUCGCUGGCUCACAGCGUGCUCAGCGGCGGCGGGGCGCUGGCUGGGUUCUGCUUCCACCCUGGGCUGGCCGAGGACCUGGUGGGCACGCAUCCGCCCGGGGCACACAGCCUGGUCGCCGUGUCCGUAGGUUAUUUUCUUGAAGACUUUGUGGACAUGUUGUGCAAUCAGAAACUUCACCAGUCCUGGGAGCUGCUCUUCCAUCACUCUGUGGUGAUUGUCUGCUUUGGUAUUGCAGUGCUGCUCCAUCAGUACAUCGGGUUUGCCCUCGUGGCUUUACUGGUGGAGAUUAACUCCAUCUUCCUCCACCUGCGUCAGAUCCUGCUCAUGGCCAACCUGGUGCACACCACUUGCUAUCGUCUCAACAGCAUCAUCAACCUGGGCACCUACGUGGUGUUUCGCAUCACCACACUGGCCUGGAUGACUCGCUGGCUCUUCCUCAAUCGGGAGAAUGUGCCCCCAGCGACGUACGCCGUGGGCACGGUGGGCAUGGCAGUCAUGACGCCCAUGAACAUCAUCCUCUUCUACCGCUUGCUGCGUAGUGACUUCUUCAAGCCCAGCCGGGCUGUGCAGAAGGAGAAGGAGCAAUAGCCUCCUUCCCCGCAGGGUCAGGGGAUGAGCAGCCCAAGCCUAUGGAGGACAGCAAAGCGCAGUGCAGAGUGAGUGUGGCUGUGUCAGUACCUUGCUUGGAGGGUCUACACUAACAGAACAGCUGGGCUAUUGUUGUGGCUGCAGAUCCUGGGCGCUGCACAGCAGAGAAGCUGCUCAUGGACCAGGCACUGGGGCUCUGCUCCUGCCGUGCCUUUGGAUGACGUGGUCGGAUGACCAGGAGCUGCUCAGAGAAGCUUUGACAGCUCUCACAGCAUCCCGAGCCACCACUGAGAUGCGAAGGGAGGAGAAGAGCAGUUUCCCCACUGUUCUUCCAGACAGCCAAACACCUCAGUGUGUUUCCAACCCCUUUGGUGCUGCAGCCUGCAACGUCCCAUCAGCUGGGGGAUGCUGUGCUCAGCCAUGCGUUCUCCGUGGCACUUCCCAUGGGAGCACCACCAGACAAGAGAGGCUCAAAGGCUUCACCCUCGAGGCCAGGGCCAGUAGAAGCCAAAUCCUGCACUCCUGAGUCCUCCCUGAGGAGAUUGUCCCAGGUGGGUGAUGGAGGGAGAGGCUGAGACCUGUCUGGGUGGGAUGCUGCCUGCUGUGGGGUCCAGGUCAGGGGCAGAGCACCAGGCAGUGGGUUCUGCGGCGCUGUGCUCAGGGACAGGCGCCCAAAUUCUCCUGACAGCUGGAGCUUUUCCUGUGUUGUUUCAUUCCCGGAUAUGUUAAGUGCCCAUAAAUGAGUGUGGGAGAGUGUGAGUCUCUGGCCAGGAUGAUGCUAGGUGAUGAUCACUUCCCACAGAUGUGGAGUUUUCAGGCAUAGGCAUCUAUUAGGGUUUAGGCAUAUAUUAGGAAUGAAAAGUUCUGCUGCAGAGCCCAGUGUAACGCUCUUACCCAGCAGCAAGGGCUUUUACUAACAUGAGCUUUUAAUAAAUGGCUGCAAAAGAAACGGCUUGAGGGGAAGGGGCUUAGAGGUAAAAGGGACUGAGCAGCCCACCCUGCUCCAGGGGUGUCCCUGCUCAGUACCCUGCACAGAAGCACUGUGCUCAGUGCUUCUUACCCUAUGUCUCCCCGCCACAGAGUAAAAAUACACUGUAUACUGGCACAGCCUACCUCUCUUGGGGUGUCCCCCCGCCUCCUUUCUACGGGGGCUGACACCCUCCUGCCCUCCUGGGCAAGGGGAGGCUGUGCUUCCCUGGGGCUGCAACUGGGAGGCUAAAUGGCAGCAGGACCAGUGCCAGCUCCCGCCAAAGCUCUGCCUUUAGCCCUGCUGCACCGAGCUGCUUGUGACUUGCAGGGUUAGGAAAGUGCUGGCUGCGAAAUAGGGCGGGUGGCAGCCUGAGCACCCACCACGUGGCUUUGCUGCUCUCAUUCCCGAUGCUGGAGGCCAGCUUGCAGCAAAGCUAGGAUCCUUGUGGUUUGCUCUGCCUGUCCCUGGAGGCUUCCUAUGAUAAGGAAUCAGAAUAUUUUAAAUUUUUUUUACUCCACAUUUCCUUUUCCCCACUGAUUCCCACACACUGAACUGUUCCCCAGUAGCUCAGCACCCUGUAUAAAAGCAAGGUCAUUCCACUCAGCGUUACGUGUACUGGUUUUGAGAAAUCCACUGGAUCUGACAUGCUUUCUGUGUGGCAAAUAACCUUUAAC